UUCCCAGGUCGCUGCUAAAGUAGGCCCUCACUAACGCCGACAGGCGCUGACAAGCAUUUAAAUAAUAAUAAAAAUAGGGAUAGGAAUCUAUACUGUACAAUUUUAUUGCGCCAGCUGCCGAAAUGCAGGCCGAGAAUGAGGCCGACAUCAUCGUGGAGGCGAUAGAGGUGCUGGUUAAUCACAUUCUCUAUGUGCGGGGUAUAUACCCCGCGCACAUAUUUAAAAAGAAGCGAAUGUACAAUACACCGGUCUUUGUCUCAAUCUACCCGCCGCUCAAUAACUACCUCAGCGGCGUUUUAAGAUCCGCUCAAGAACUUCUUCGCCGCAGGGAGCUGCAGUGCCUGGAGCUGAUAGUGUAUCAGAAAGAAAGUAAGCAGUUGGAGAGCUACAAAAUGUCAUCUGUUCCCCGGGGGGAUGGCCAAUUGGCGGAUGAUCAUUUAAUGGAGUUCGAGCAGAAAAUGCGCUCUGCCAUCUACCAAAUAUCCGAACGGAUGAAUCAAGUCGGCAAAUUUCCUGCAGGAAGCUGCCAGUUUAAAAUACACCUGCACACGACGCAGGAGGCAUUCAUUCGCCUCAGCCACGAAUCCCAGUACCAGGAGUUCCCUUGGCUCCAAGCGCAGAAUCAAGAACCGCAGUCACCAUCCGGAACUGUUUCCCUGUUACCCUUGGCUACGGUGGAGACUGUGGGAUUGAAAAUGGAGGCACUCAUCCUUAACUAAUGUACACUUCCACAUACAUAACCGUUAUGUAAAUAAAAUUACAAAUAUUACAAGAA